AGUAAGGGGGCCGGCCCUCAGUGACAGGCCGCGGUCGGUCUGGCUGGCUGCGUGAUGGCGGGCGGCUGGCGGCGGCCGCUCCGAGGUUUCUUGUGGUGGCGGCGGCCGCUGCGGGUGCCACGGUCGCUGCUAGCGGAAGGACGUCCGCGUCGCGGGUAAAAGGGAAGCGCUCGGCCUCUGCGCGGAUGGGGAGCGGCGGUUGCGAAAGAGGGCGGCGGCCUCCUCCUCCUCCUUCUUCUCAGCACCGCCGGUCUUUCUGACAGAGCGUGUUUCUUCUCGGGUCGGGAGGGAAAGGAAGUUCGCCCGCCGCCGCCGGCUGGGAGCCACCGAGCCGCCCGCCGGACGAGGGGAUGUUGCGCUGGAUCCGGCAGCAGCUGGGUUUUGACCCACCACAUCAGAGUGAUAAUCGAACUAUUUAUAUUGCAAAUCGUUUCCCCCAGCAUGGCCAUUAUGUUCCUCAGAAGUUUGCAGAAAACAGAAUAAUCUCCUCUAAGUAUACUGUGUGGAAUUUUGUGCCCAAAAAUCUAUUUGAACAGUUUAGAAGAGUGGCCAAUUUUUAUUUUCUUAUAAUAUUUUUGGUUCAGCUUAUGAUAGAUACUCCUACUAGUCCAAUUACUAGUGGAUUGCCAUUGUUUUUUGUUAUAACUGUGACGGCCAUAAAGCAGGGUUAUGAAGAUUGGUUACGGCACAAAGCAGACAAUGAAGUGAAUGGAGCUCCAGUGUAUGUUGUUCGUAGUGGUGGCCUUGUAAAAACAAGAUCAAAGAACAUUCGGGUAGGAGAUAUUGUGAGAGUAGCCAAAGAUGAAACUUUCCCUGCUGAUCUCGUACUUCUGUCCUCUGAUAGAGAACAUGGCUGUUGCUAUGUUACCACUGCAAGUUUGGAUGGAGAAACUAAUCUUAAGACACACAUUGCAGUCCCAGAAACUGCUGUGUUGCAGUCUGUUGCCAAUCUGGACAAACUUGUAGCUGUUAUUGAAUGCCAGCAACCAGAAGCAGAUCUUUACAGAUUUGUUGGGCGUAUAACCAUAAGUCAUCAAAUUGAGGAAAUAGUGCGACCCCUUGGACCCGAAAGUCUUCUACUUCGUGGAGCAAGGUUGAAAAACACUAAAGAAAUUUUUGGUGUUGCUGUGUAUACAGGAAUGGAGACAAAGAUGGCAUUGAAUUAUAAGAGCAAAUCACAGAAACGAUCAGCAGUAGAGAAGUCUAUGAAUUCUUUUUUGAUUAUCUACCUAAUAAUCCUCCUUUGUGAAGCUGUUUUAAGUACAAUACUGAAGUAUGCCUGGCAGAAUGAAGAGAAGUGGAAUGAACCUUGGUAUAACCAGCAAACGGAUCAUGAAAGAAACAGCAGUAAGAUCUUGCGCUUCAUUUCAGAUUUUCUUGCUUUCCUGGUACUUUACAACUUCAUUAUACCCAUUUCACUUUAUGUGACUGUGGAGAUGCAGAAAUUUCUUGGGUCUUUUUUUAUUGGUUGGGACCUUGAUCUCUAUCAUGAAGAAACAAAUGAAAAGGCCCAAGUAAAUACUUCAGACCUCAAUGAAGAACUGGGACAGGUGGAGUAUGUAUUUACAGAUAAAACUGGUACAUUGACAGAAAAUGUGAUGCAGUUUCGGGAAUGUUCCAUUAAUGGUCUCAAAUAUCAAGAAAUCAAUGGCAGAUUAGUUCCUGAGGGAUUGAUAGAAGACUUUCCAAGUGGAGUACCGCCCAGUUUUACACAUGAGGAAGAACUCUUCCUGAAAGCUCUUUGUCUCUGUCAUACAGUGCAGAUUAAUAAUGACCAAACUGAUGGCAUUUGCGACAGCCCGUGGCGUAGCAAUGGUCUACCAUCUGAAUUGGAGUACUAUGCCUCGUCUCCAGAUGAAAAAGCUUUAGUUGAAGCAGCUCGCAGGGUUGGUGUUGUGUUUACUGGGGCAAAUGCAGAAAGCAUGGAGCUGAAAAGCUGUGGAAAGCCAGAAAGGUACAAAUUACUACAUGUCCUGGACUUUGAUGCCAAUCGUAGGAGAAUGAGUGUGAUCGUAGAAAGUCCAUCAGGUGAAAAGCUUUUAUUUACCAAAGGAGCAGAAUCUGUUAUUCUUCCUUCCAGUAAAAAUGGUGAGGUAGAAAAAACAAGAAUCCAUGUGGAUGAAUUUGCAUUGAAAGGAUUAAGAAUUCUUUGUGUAGCUUACAGAAAAUUCACAGAGGAGGAGUAUAAAGAGGUGCAGCAGCGUCUUUUUGAAGCAAAAACUGCCUUACAGCAACGAGAAGAACGGGUGGCAGAGGCAUAUAACUUUAUUGAAAAAGACUUGGAAUUACUUGGAGCUACAGGAGUAGAAGACAAGCUGCAAGAUAAAGUCCAGGAAACCAUAGAAGCUCUUCGCUUGGCAGGGAUUAAAGUGUGGGUGCUCACGGGAGACAAACAUGAAACAGCAGUAAGCGUCAGCUUAUCAUGUGGACACUUCCACAGAACCAUGAAUAUCCUGGAACUAGUGCAACACAAAUCAGAUAGCACGUGUGCAGAGCAACUGAGACAGCUUGCUAAGAGAAUAAAGGACGACCACGUAAUCCAGCACGGGCUGGUAGUGGAUGGGACCAGCCUCUCCCUGGCCCUCAGGCAACAUGAGAAACUCUUCAUGGAGGUCUGCCGAAAUUGCUCUGCUGUGCUCUGCUGUCGUAUGGCACCUCUGCAGAAAGCCAAGGUUGUACGGCUGCUGAAAACAUCUCCAGAGAAGCCUAUCACAUUAGCUAUCGGUGAUGGAGCUAAUGAUGUGAGCAUGAUACAAGAAGCACAUGUUGGCAUAGGUAUCAUGGGCAAAGAAGGCAGACAAGCUGUAAGAAACAGUGACUAUGCAAUAGCAAGAUUUAAAUUCCUCUCCAAGUUACUUUUUGUCCAUGGCCACCUUUAUUAUGUUAGGAUAGCAACCCUUGUACAGUACUUUUUUUACAAGAAUGUGUGUUUUAUUACGCCACAGUUUUUAUAUCAAUUCUUCUGUUUAUUUUCACAACAAACUCUGUAUGACAGCGUGUACCUAACUUUGUACAACAUUUGUUUCACAUCCCUUCCAGUCCUCAUGUAUAGUCUUUUUGAACAGCAUGUGCAUCCUCAUGUAUUGCACAGCAAGCCAACACUCUACCGAGAUAUUAGUAAAAAUGCCCACUUGGGCUUUCAGCCUUUCCUCUACUGGACCUUCUUGGGAUUUUUUCAUGCAUUUGCUUUCUUCUUUGGUUCCUAUCUUCUAAUGGGAAAAGACACUUCAUUGUUAGGAAAUGGCCAGCUACUCAAACCUAACAGGCAAAUGAUGUUUGGAAAUUGGACCUUUGGUACUCUGGUCUUCACAGUUAUGGUUAUAACGGUUACAAUGAAGAUGGCAAUAGAAACCCACUUUUGGACUUGGAUAAAUCAUUUUGUUACUUGGGGAUCCAUUGUGUUUUACUUCAUCUUUUCCUUAUUCUAUGGUGGAAUAAUCUGGCCGUUUUUGCAUACCCAAGACAUGUACUUUGUAUUUGUUCAGUUGCUGUCCAGCGGUUCUGCUUGGUUUGCCAUAAUCGUCAUAGUUGUCACUUGCUUAUUUCUUGACGUCGUGAAAAAAGUGUUUUACAGACAUUUACAGCCCACAAGUACAGAAAAAGUCCAGCUUACUAAGACAGAUCCAGGUGUCAACUGCUUGGAGUCCAUGUGUUGCUUCUCCGAUGGGGAACCAGCCUGCACAUCUUUUAGAAGAAUGCUGGAGCGAAUAAUGGGACGAUGCAGCCCCACCCGAGUCACCAGAUCAUGGAGCUCUACGGAACCUUUCUGUACCAGCGACCGAAGCUUCUUGACGUUAUCCACAAUGGAAUCCAUUACUUGAGACUUUUCUCAAUGCCUUGUGGAAAUCCAUAUGACAACUGGGUUGUAACCAAUCUACCAGCCCCUUAUGGCAUCCUUUUUAAAUGUCAUGGCCAAGUUCAUAUAUUAGGAGGGGGAAAAAGAUUUAAGCCUGGUAUUUGCAACAAAUACUGUUGAAAAAUUGUACCGUUAGCAUUGUUUUGAUGGAUGCUUUUAAUUUUCCAUGGUCACGUUAUUAUUAUUAAUAAUAAUAAUGCUAAAAACCCUUUAGAAAAGCGAUUGCUUUGGCUCCCAAAUAUCCACAACUAAUUAUUAAAACUGGGAAAUGGAAUUCUUCUCCAUGAGCUAAAAAGCUCGUCCUUCAUAAAUUGUCUUAGCUUAAUUCUGAAAGAUUUUGAACAUUGAGGGGGGUGGGAAUGCAUAUUCCGGAGAGGGAGAAUGAGCUCCAGCACAAGCCCAAAAGCUUGGAAGAAUAAACCUUUGGUCCCAGUGACCGACUCAGAUUGGAUCCUGCAACAUUAUCCUGGGACACAUAUAUUUAUUUUCAUUUGCAGGGGGGGAAAAGGAAGCUGUUAAAUAAAUUAGCUUUAUUUCUGGACAUUUUUGAUUUAAAUCUGGGGGAAGGGAUGCUUUUUGAGGCAUUAUUUUUCUUCUUCCCUCCGCCCCCCCCCCCAAAUCUGUUUAUGUAGAGAUGUUAUACUCUUGUUGAGAGCACUUAAGAAUUCUCCCUGAUUUUGCAGGGGCGGCAAAAAUACACAGUGGCGCUUGUACAUAGUUUAUAUCACAUGAAGCUGCAUGCUGUUCAGGACAAGAAACGAGAUGAUGGCCUUAGCAUAAAGAAAUUGUGUCUGUGAAUUCUUGAUCUCAAACAGGUUGGUGGACCCAAAUGCCACAAAAGGAUCAUUGAAAGCAUUAGCUCCCCACAUCCUCUUCCCACAUUUUCCCGAUAAGCUGUGUGGGGGAGAGGGGGUUGAGCUGAAAAAGUUUGGCAUUUGCUUUUGCUACUCCAGUCACACCUCUGUGGCUGCAGAAAACCCAUCAUAAAUUAUCGGGGGCGGGGUUCUUUUUCUUUCUGCCAGCAGCAAAUUUCAGAAUGCCUCUCUGGGUCCAUUCCAGAUCAAUUACAGGGUCAUCUUCCCCGUUCCAAGAUUUGGGCUGGGCCCCCGAUUCCAAAAUUAAGCAAUUAUCAGAAAGCCCACUUGUUUAAACUCUCUGAAUUGGCCAUAUACUUGCAUAGCUUUUAGGAAUAUCAGUUCCUUUUAUUUUGCUGAUUAUUUCCCCCCCCCCCCCCGUUACGAGCCAAGAGAUUGAUUCAGUGUGGCAGUGGUUUUCAAACCAGAGAACUUUUAAGAUGUGUGGAUUUCAACUCCCAGAAUUCUGGGAGUUGAAGUCCACUCAUCUUAAAGUUCCCUAGGUUAGUAGCCUUCUGGCAGAAUGCUAUUCAUUUCAAGGGAGUAGACAAAGCAAAGCUUUUCAGGGAAAUGGCCCCUCGCAAUCAGCCCGCGCUUAUUCCAACAUCUUUAAUGUGCUCCCCUUAUUCCAAAUAUCAUUUACUCGUUUUAUUUCUAUCCUGCCUUUCUACCCCAAGUUCUCAUUUAAAGGAGCACCAUUUCAUCGUUGUCACAGAUCACUCAUAUCCAUCCUUUCCAUUCUGGUUUGUCUUCUCCUUCCCCCCCCCCCCAAAAUAAUAAUUUUGAGAAAAAUCCAAAAUUGAAAGAAUUAUCAAAACUCCAAGCAUUUAUUUAAAUCCACGUCAUCAUGCGAUUAAUAUUUCCACUUCGGUUUUGUAUGACGUUUAGAAUUUAAUUCUUUUUCUCCACAGAUGUACAAUUCUUACUGGAACUGACUUCCGUGUUUUUGUUUUUGUUUUUUAAAUUCCCAUUUCUUUCUCGUCCCUCCUCAGUGUGUGUAAGGGUGCAGAAGAAGCAUGCAUUUAAACAAA